CCCUCUCGGUCCUCCCAGGCCAGCAGGAUGAGAGGGUCUAGGCAAACAUUCCUCAGUUUAUUCUGCAUCCUCUGGCUCCCGCUUCUGCUGAAGGCUGCCUCUUCCUCCCCUCUCCCUGGUGGAAGCGACCCACCACCCUCUUCGCUCCCCACCGGGCUGUACAAAGGACAGACCUGCGUCGGGUGCGUGCUUGUGGUGUCUGUAAUUGAACAGCUUGCAGAGUGGCACAACAGUACAGUAAAGGCAGCCGUGGAGAGACUGUGCAACUACAUACCUGAAAAAUUGCAAGGUUUCUGUUAUGUACUUGCAGAACUUUACGGACCACACAUAGCUGAACUCAUAGACAGAGAAAUGAAUGCCGAUGUGGUCUGCCAUUCUUUGAAGCUGUGUAAACAGAAUCCAGGACAGCCGCUUUGUCAUCUCUAUGCUCCUCCAAAGGUGGGACUGAGUACUGCAAUAAGGAAAGCAAAAAGGAUUGUGAAGACUUCCAAGGACCUGAAGAGCUUCACGGGGUUCUCAAGUGUAUGUUCAUUUCCUCUUCUGGCUAACCUGUGUGAGAAGAUGAAGUAUGUCAUAAGAAAUAAACUCCCUUUUGAAGAUUUUGAUGGAGACAAAUUUAGUACUUUCCCGACAUUGAGGGGCUAUCACUGGCGAGGCAGAGACUGCAACGACAAAAACAACACCGUGUACCCUGGCAGACGUCCGGAGAACUGGGAUGUGAAAAGUGACUCUAACUGCAAUGGCAUAUGGGGUGUGGAUCCAAAAGACGGAAUUCCCUACGAGAAGAAAUUCUGCCAAGGUGCAGACUCGCAAGGGGUCGUGCUGCUGGGAGACUCGGCCGGCGCUCACUUCCACAUCCCUCCCGAGUGGAUGACCGUCACGCAGAUGUCACCGAAAUCGUUUGCUAAUCUCCCCAUGGCUUUCACUGAUGAGCUUGACUGGCCGCAGUUCUCAGAGAUCACUGGAUUUCUGAACUCCACCAUCGGAGGCUGGACAGACUCUCUGUAUCUACGUUUACGCAAGAGAAAUCGCUGUAAUCACAGAGACUUACAGAACAUUUCCCAAAAUGGUGGGUCUUCAGGAAACCUCCUCUAUUUAAUAAAAAGCUUGGCCAGAAACCAGCUGUUAGACAAUCCAGCCAUAGUCGUCUACGCUACGAUUGGGAAUGAUGUCUGCAAUGGGUACCGUGACACACUGGCUCACAUGACUACACCCAAAGAAAUGUUCUCCAAUGUAGUGCAAGCUCUGCAAUACCUGGACGCCCGUCUUCCAAACGGCAGCCACGUGAUCUUAACAGGCUUGGUAGAUGGCCGCUUUCUCUGGGAUAACCUGCACGACAGAUACCAUCCUCUAGGGCAGCUGAACAGAGACAUCACGUACAGUCAACUCUACUCGUUCCUCGACUGCCUGGAGGUGAGCCCCUGCAGCGGCUGGCUGACCCCCAACGAGACCCUCAGGAGCCUGACCUCGGAGAGAGCUUCACAACUUUCUAAUGUCCUGAAAGAAAUAGCGAGAUCUGAGAAAUUUGCCAACUUUGAUAUUUUCUACAUGGAUUUCCCACUGAGACAAACGGCCGAGGAGUGGCACAAGAUGGGAGGUGAGCCCUGGCAGCUGAUCGAACCGGUCGAUGGCUUCCACCCCAGCCAGGUUGCUGCAGCCCUUGGAACAAGCAUCACCUGGCAGAAGGCGCUACGUGAAUGGCCUCACGUGCUUGGAAAGGAGAACCCAUUCAACGACCAGAUCGAAGCUAUAUUCAAAGACCAAGGUGGACACUGA